CACAUGGUUUGAUCGCUUGUUCUAUCCGUCUCCCUUAAGUUUUAUGCAAGUACAGUUAGACAGAAGUUUGUCUUGGUACCUGCUCACUUUUUACACAUAGAAGUUACGGACAUUCACACCCUCGACACAAUCCCACCAUGCACUGUGUGAGCAGGGGAGGCUGCUACCUGCUGAACUCCUACUGUGAUCUUCAGGAGGAAAACCAGUGGAAGAAGGAGAGCUACCAAGCAUGCUGGCUGAGCCUGGUCCUUGAAACGAGACCACAAUACAAGCUGACACUGUCAGAGACAGACAACAUUCGUAGAGAGAGUUACAAGCAGCAGCAGGUGGUCCACUUCAUGGUCGAGAGGAGUCUCAGCCAGAGGCUGAGGCUGGGCAGCGACAGCAGAGGCAUGACAGAGCACCAGCUGCCAUUCUUCAACACCAGCAGGGACCUACAUCAUGCCAAAACCACCUUUGGGUUCACAGAACAAAAGCCAGUGAUACUAGGGAAGGGGAAUAACGGAGUGGAUACACAGGAAGUGACUGCAAUAACCCAGGACCUCAGCAAGCCAGUCCGAGUGAACUUCAGAGCCUCGAGCCUGAUGUCCUCCCCAAGAGAAAUCUCUCUAAGGGUGCAGAGGAGGGAGUGAAGCAAGGAGAUGGAAGGCAUGUAAAGGUUCAGGAAAUAUAACAAAGCCUUUGUACUUGUAAUGUGCACACUGGUAAUAUUGUAUAUUGUGUAACUAUCUAAAAAUAAUUAAAAAUGGUAUCUCCUGAU